AUGCUGAGUGUUGCAGCAAGCGCGGCCGCGGGCCCGUCCUGUAUCCCGCCUGUCAAAAGGCGCGGCAUGACGGAGACAACGGCUUCACCCAUAUAUGGCCCACUAGCGGACGACCGACCACGACGCAACUUGGCACAAGUGCUCCUCACCGAACAGAACUGUGAGUUUCGUCAGAAGUGGAAGACAAUGUAUUUGGCCGAGCAUGAAGAUGUCAGCGGCCAGGGCCAGACCAUCGCGCGGAUGAAGAAGAUCACACACCUACGAAACACAGUCCCGGAGUUCGUCGCCUACGACCAAAUGUACUUUGAUUACACGAGGAGCUACUGGCUGGUCGAGAUGUCCUCUUUGCGAUCCAAACUCGGCCGCCCGGUCGACAUCCCUCUCUUCGUUGGCCAGUGUCCAGUCCACGUCAGGGAGGCACCAGGAAUCCUUCCCCUUUCCAACCCCUACAUAUACGUCUACGACCUCGACGUUCACCUCGACAGCCGAGCCGUUGCAAGCGAUCUGGCAUUCCUUGUCUAUGGCGCCGUCGAAAUCCUGUACCGAGACGACAAGGCAAGGCGCAAGGAUGUGCGCAACAUCAAGUCGUGGCCCCGCGACAUUGGGAUCGACCACGCCUACACCCUCAAGGUCGUUGAGGUCGAGUUGACGGCAUCCCGGACGGCCUUCCCCUUCUCACAUGCCGGCUUUGACCACCUCCCAGGACUCUGAGGCGCAGUCCAGCCCAGCGUGCCUGUCGCUUCGGAAAUGUCGAGUAUGAAUCCGAAGGGCUGCUGCGCCGGGCUCCGCAUCCGUCGCGAGGGCGGCACGCAUGACAGCUGGACCACAGUCACGCACCCGUGGCUACAAGGGGGGG